ACCCCUGGCCGAUGUUGUGUGAAGGAACCGAUGCCAGUGUGGUUGGCCAUUUUGAUCCUGGUCAUUCUGGCACUCAUUCUGGCAGGCUGCUGCUUCCUCUGCUGUUUCAUUCGACCCAAACUGGAGGGACUCUGCAACCAGUAUCAGCGACCUCAUAUCUCACACGACACCAUACAGACUGUGGCUGCCCUGAAGAUACUCACCAGUGACAUUGGAGGAGGAGGAGGGGGACAGAACAACAACCCCUUUGGAGGUCAACCGAAUUGGGGUCCGGGCCAAACAAUCCCACCUCCCCCUCCCCCGAUGACUCAAUCAGUCCAUCCUAAUCAGCCCCCACCCCCACCUGGAUAUGCUCCCAACCACUACAACCCAAACAUGGCAGCCCAUCCCCCUCUUCAACAAGGGUACCAAUACACACCAGGGUACACACCCACCAACCAAUCAGCAGCACCUGGACAGUAUCCAGGGGCCUACAAUAACUACCCCCCGAAUCCAAAUCCUUACCCGCCAUCAGGGGGUCAGUCUUAUAACCAACCUCAUCAAAAUUCGCAGCAGCAAUCGCUUCCGUACCCAGUUUCAGAUUCUGGGGGUUAUCAGCAGUACCCUAGCAUGCCAGAAGCGCCACCGUAUCCGGAAAGCAAAACAACCUCUCUGGCUUAGAUGAGAACUGCAAAAAAACUCUGCAAGAAAUUAAUGUUCUGCAUGUGAAUGUCAAUUAGACUUUUUAUAAUGCAUUUUUCAUAAAUUACCUUUAAUUCACAAUUGAUAAAA